GGAGCCGCCGCUGCUGUCACUACACAACCUCUCCGUCCCCUCUGUUAGAAAUAGAUGUGCGGGGCCGAGAGAGCGGGGCAGCGGGCUCACACUGCGGGGAAAUGAAACACGCUGCAGGUCCCGAAGCAGCAGACGAGCUGAGCUUCUUCAUCUCUCAGCGGGACAUCACGCACCGUGCGGGAUCAUGUUGUUUCUUCUCUCGCCGUCUUCUUGGAUCACAGCUGAGUGAAAGAGAAAGUCCACACUGGAUUUGAACCUACGCACUUGUCUUAUUGUGUUUUUUUUUUAUUGUUGCUGCUGCUUGCACCGUGGAUGAAGAUCUUUGCACACUUGAUGUUUGAAUAACUCUUCAUCUUCUAUUUGGAUUAAUCCUCCAACAAGUAGACAUGCUGGUUUUAUUUGUAAUCAGCGUUGCCGUGCUGUCAGAUGCAGGUCUGUCGGUGGAGGUGUUUCGUGCAGGCGUGGCCCCCCGCUGUGAGAGCCGAGCCUGCAACCCUCGCAUGGGUAACCUGGCCCUGGGUCGCCGGGUCCUGACGCAGACCGUCUGCGGCAACAACGGCACCGAGCUCUACUGCUCUUACUCUGACCCCAACACCAACCUCGCCUGCAGCGCCGCCAAGUGCGCCAAAUGCAACGCCGGCCUGCCUCUCCUCUCCCACCUGGCCGGCGGCAUGUCCGACUCCUCCUUCCGUCACCCCAACACCUGGUGGCAGUCGGCGGAGGGGGUGGAAUCUGAGACUGUGCAGCUUGACCUGGAGGCCGAGUUCUACUUCACGCAUCUCAUCGUGGUGUUUCGCUCGCCGAGGCCUGCCGCCAUGACCCUGGAGCGGUCUCAGGACUUUGGGAGAACGUGGAAGAUGCUGCAGUACUACGCCAGCAACUGCAGCGCCGCCUUCGGGCUGGAGGAGGGAAAGGCAGGCGGCGGACAAGACGGCGCCAGCUGCACCUCCAAAUACUCUGCCGCUUAUCCCUGUAACCGUGGAGAGGUGAUCUACCGUACCCUUCCAAAGUGGGAGUCCCUGGAUCCAUUUGGCGAGGAGGGCCAGCAGCAGCUGAGGGUGACCAACAUCCGAAUCCGACUGCUGAAGCAUCAGCCGUGUCCGUGCCAGGCCAAAGACCUCGCAUCAGCACAUGAAGCUCUUCCCACCCAACACUUUGCCAUCUAUGACCUGAUAGUGAAGGGAAGCUGCUUCUGUAACGGACACGCCGAGCAGUGUGUUCCUGCACCGGGGUACCAGCCCAUCAGAGACCGGACCAACCAUGUGGUCCAUGGGAAGUGUGUGUGCAGGCACAACACUGCAGGUGAUCACUGCGAGCGCUGCGCUCCUCUCUACAAUGACCGACCGUGGCAGCCCGCCGACGGACUGACGGGGGCGCCGCAGGAAUGUCGGAAGUGCAAGUGUAACGGACACGCUCAGAGCUGCCACUUUGAUUGGACGGCGUGGCGUGAGUCUGGCCAGCAAAGCGGCGGCGUGUGCGACUGUCUGCACAACACUGAAGGACGUCAGUGUCAGAGAUGCAAAGCCGGCUUCUACAGAGACCCCCAGCGACCGCCGACCGCCCCUGACUCCUGCAAACCAUGCAGCUGUCACCCUCUUGGCUCCAUGCCCUUCCACUUGGCCGACAGCUCGAUCUGCGACCCCUCUAAUGGGAACUGCAUCUGUAAACCUGGAGUAGGUGGAGCGCACUGUGACCGGUGCAUGGUGGGAUACUGGGGCUUCCACGAAUAUGGCUGCCGUCCGUGUGAUUGUGCAGGAGACUGUGAUCCGUUUACUGGAGACUGCAUGUUCGGCUAUGAUCUGGAUGUGUACAACUCAGAGGGAAACUCCAGCGAGCCGGUCAGGAUCUUCAGAGCAGACGAACUCUUCUCCGCCCUCCACUAUUCAGAGAAGUGCGAGUGCAAGGAGCAAGCCCUGACCAACAGUAAACUGUUCUGCACCAUGAAUUAUGCGUACGUGCUGAAAGUGAAAGUGCUGUCGGCCCACGAUAAGGGCUCUCACGCCGAGGUGGAGGUCAAAGUUCAGAAGGUGCUCAGUCAGAACACCAAGGUGAAGAUACAGCGAGGUCGGGUCACUCUUUACCCCGAGUCCUGGACCGCACGGGGCUGCACCUGCCCAAUCCUCAACCCAGGGGUGGAGUACAUCGUGGCGGGUCACUCGGACCGUAAACACGGCCGCCUCUUGGUCAACAUGAAAAGCUUCGUCAAGCCUUGGAAGGCCAGCUUGGGGCGCAAAGUCCUCACGCUACUCAAGAAAGACUGCAACUGGUAACCGACAGAGCGGUGAAACAAACAAAAAAAACUCUGGAGGAAAGACGGACGUGUGGACUGUUUGACAAAACAGCGCCGUCCUCCAGAUGUGGAAUACUGAAUCGCGAGCAGGUUGUUUUGGACUUGAACCUCUCCGAUGAGAGCUGAAAGCAUGCAGGACUUUAAUUUUAUGAAGACAUAUCUGUCUCGCACAUUCCUAUGUAGGAUUAAGGAAUCCAGCUCUGUGGCCAAGGUUUUUUUUUUUUUUUUUUAUUCUGAGUGAUGGACCCACUCGCAUACAUUUAAAACACACGAUCACACACACACACAACAAAAACUGAGCGUCUUCCUCUCUGCAGCACUUUAGCCUAAGAUGGACUGAGGGAAUAUGGACACACAAAGAGAGGAAGACUUAACGCACACACACUAAAUAACCCCCCUGACAUGGACUGUGGAUGGACACACACAUUCACUCACACUCACAUUCUGUGUGUGUGUGUGUGUGUGUGUGCUGCAGAUAUAAUGUGUAAAGCACCCAGAGUGACGCUGAACAAGCCAUACAAGCCACUACAGGUGGUUAAAACCUUAGCCAGUCCAGGUGUGUCUGUGUUGAAAUCAGAGUGAAUGGGUAUUACCCCGAACGUGAAUGUAUUCGCCUGUGUGUGUGUGUGUGUGUGUGUGUGUGUGUGGUUGAAUGCAGAGCUAUAUAACGAGCACAGUCCAAUUUCAGUCCAGCUCUUCUCUGUAGGUUUGUGUUCACGUUCUGAUGUGUGUGCGAUACAGCGUUAUGUACAUUGAUUCAUCUCAUAUUACACUGCUACAUACAGAACAGUCUUGUUAUCCCUUCCUUUGUGCUCUUGUACAGUAUUAUUUGUAUAUAUCUAUAUAAAUAUUAUUGUUCAUCUUUCUCCCUCUGUUUAAUUUUUUUUUUUUUGUAUGUGGUAAUAUUAAAGGAUAAUUCCAGAUU